AUGCCCUCGCUGCCUGCAUAUGAGAACGAGAAGUCCGUCGACGACUCUUCCUUCGACAACGAGAAGGACAGUAACCUCGACGCUGACAUCGUCGAUGGUCAGCUCGCCAAAGACGUCGCGGAACUCGAGGAAAGGAUUGCCAACGAUGAGGCUACCGAGGCAGAGUACCGUGUCGAGGAGGCGUAUGAGGUCGCCAUCAAGGUCUUGUCCACUCGCGAUGACCCCGAGCUCCAGGCAGUCACCUUCCGUACCCUCUUCCUUGGUCUUGGUUUCUCCUCCUUUGGCGCUGUCCUCGCCCAGAUUUACUACUUCAAGCCGCAGACGCUGAAUGUUUCCACGCUGCUCUUGCUUGUCCUGUCGUACUGGUUCGGUAACGCUAUGCAUGUUGCCAUUCCCCAGCGCGGCUGGUUCCGUUACCUCAACCCCGGUCCAUUUAACAUCAAGGAGCAUGUCGCCAUCAUCAUUAUGUCAUCCACGGCUGCAACGUCUGCGGUUGCCAUCCAGGUCAUUUCGGUUCAGGAGUUGUACUACAACAACACGAUGAAUGCGGGCAUUGCGAUCUUCACGCUCAUCGGGUCUCAGCUCAUCGGUUAUGGCUACGCUGGUAUCCUGCAGGACGUUCUCGUCAAGCCUACCAAGUGUUUCUGGCCCGCUAAUAUCUACAUCGCCAAUUUGUUCCAGGCGUUGCAUUACGAUAGGCAGAUGACAUCCAAGCGUGUGCGUCUCUUCUGGCUUAUCUUCGGUAUCAUGUUCUGCUGGGAGAUCUUCCCUGAAUGGAUCUUCCCCGUUCUGACGGGCUUCUCGAUCUUCUGCCUUGCCGAUAACACUAACGCCAUCUUCCGUAAUGUUUUCGGCGGUGCAUCGAACAACGAAGGUCUUGGGCUGCUCUCGGUGUGCUUCGACUGGAAUUACGUCACCAGCCAGUGCAUGUGGUCCCCGCUUUGGCUCCAGAUCAACCAGGACAUCGGUAUCGCGCUCACGUACAUUCUCAUGUGCGGUGUGUACUACGGCAAUGUGUGGAAGGCGCAGCAGUUCCCUUUCAUGAGCCAGGCGAUCUUCGCGGAGAACGGCUCGCAGUACGACCAGAGCGCGCUGCUCACCGAUGGCAAGUUCAACGCCACGAUGUAUGCCCAGCUUGGGCCCGCGUACUUCUCUUCGACGAACGCGCUCUACCUCAUCACGUCCAACCUGUCGCUCGGUGCGAUUGUCACACACGUCGCGCUCUACCACUGGAAUGACCUCAAGCCGUUCGUACUCUCGCUCAACCCAUGGAACAAGCACGCACAUUUCGUUCACGAUGCGCACUGGGAGAAGAUGAAAGUCUACAAGCAGAUUCCGCGCUGGUGGUACGGUGCGGUGCUCCUUGUCGCAUACGCAAUCGCGCAAGCCACGAACUACACCGGCAAGUCGGGCCUGCCAUGGUGGGCGCUCACCGUGCUGCUCUUCAUCGGCUUCAUCCUCUGCGCGCUCUACUCCACACUCGCUGCGACGAUUGGGUUCUCCGAGUUCAUUUCUUCUGGCAACGGUUUCUUCCAGAUGAUCACCGCGUACAUGGUCCCCGGGCGCCCCGUCGCAAACAUGUACGGUGCGAUGUACGGCGCGCACCCGCUCCAGCAGGGCAUCGCGUUCCUGCAGGACCUCAAGCUCGGCCAGUACUGCAAGCUCCCGCCGCGCGUCACGUUCUGCAUGCAGAUGAUCGGCACGGUCGUCGGUGCUAUCCUCAACUGUGAGUCUUCCUCGUUUGUUGGUAGCGCGGGCUGCGGCGCGCGUAAAUCGCGCAUCGUGCCCGCGGCUGGAUCGUGCGAUGAGGCGAUGCUGACAAUGUGGAUCAAAAACGCACUUAUAGAUGUGAUCAUGUUGUCGAUCAUCAACGCGCAGCGCCCUGCUCUGCUCUCCAUCGCGGGCACGCGGCUGUGGUCCGGCCAGAAUGCGCAGGCGUACAACUCAAACGCGAUUUCGUGGGGUGCGCUCGCCCCGCAGAUGUUUGGCCCCCACUCGACGUACCGCAUGGUGCCCAUCUCGCUCGCGAUCGGCGUCUUCCUCCCGCUGCCGUUCUACCUUGCUCACCGUCUCUGGCCCAAGGCUGGCUUCAACAACUUCAACACAAGUAUCAUCGUGCAGUACUCUUGCUACCUCUCUGUUGGUGUUAACUCUUCUGUCAACACCGCCAUGGCCGUCGGUAUCUUCACGCAGUACUGGGUGCGUCAGCGCUACCCCCGCUGGUUCACGAAGUACAACUACAUCGUUGCGGCUGCCAUGGACGGUGGAACCCAGGUCGUCAUGUUCAUCCUCAACUUUGCCAUCUUUGGUGCUGCGGGCAAUGCGCAUGCCUUCCCGCAAUGGUGGGGCAACGACCUUAACCUUUCCGCGGACCGCUGUCUCCUGGCCGCGUAA